AUGCCGCCCAUUUCAAAUACCAAAAGUAAAGCAAAAGGUCGUGAGCCCAGGAGCUCCCGGAGCCGAAAUACAACGCCUAGCUCUGCUCUUAGUGCUGGCACAAUCACUGGAACAAGUGCGGUAUUAGGGUACCUUGAUAAUGACGUGUCAAAAAUCGGUUCUUCUUCCGCCGUCCAGUAUUCUGAUAUCCUAAAUGAUCUUGGAGUGACGAACCAGAUCCCGGAUCCCAAGUCUCUCGAAAUCCUCGUCGACCAACUCAAAAUGCUAAGCCAGUUGGCAGAGGCUAGAGGCGAUGCUUGCAAUGCUGGGAUGAGGGAGCUCUCUCAUAGAAGGAAAGAACUCUUGGAGGAACAUCGGGAGCUAGAACAAUCGGGUCACUCCGAAAAGUUUAAGAUGCGACGAGACGCUGAUGAGGACGAGGAUGAUACUCGAGCUUCAAAAGCCGUUAAGAUAAAGAAAAGAAGAGAGAAAGGCGGUACUAAGGAUGAGCGUCCGCUUUCAUUUGGAGCUCAUGGUGUGGCAAAGCAGGAUGCCUUCGAUAUAAAGUCUGAGUCUCCUCAGAAGCGGAAUGCGAAGGAUAUGUCCGGCCCAUCAUCAUCCCCUCAAAAGAAAUCCAGGAAUAUAACGUCCGCUGCGUCAUCGUCGCCUUCGCUUGAUUCUCCUAAAGCCGUUGAUCAGGCUUCAAGACUCGGAUCUCCAGAUUCUAUGGAGAGCAGUGAUUCGCACCAACUGGAACCGGCCCCCGCCGUUCCUCAGUACCAGGUUUUCGGCCCAAAUCCAUUGAAAUUUGAUGACCCUACUAUUUAUCAUAUUCGGGAUAUCGAGAGUGAGAUGACAGAUGAAGAGAAAAAGCAAAUAUAUUGUGUUUCUGCUUUCCCACAGAGCGAUUUGCGACAUAUGAUGGCUGGAACGUUGCCCGAUAAGGAUUUUAGCAACGCUAAGCCUACCAGCCAAGUGAGUGCUAACACCUUUGCGACUUACAUUGAGCCUUAUGUUCGUCCCUUGACGGAGGAGGACAUGGCGUUUCUUAAAGAGAAAGGUGAUCGUAUUACUCCUUUCCUCAUGCCCCGUAGAGGAAAGAAGCAUUACACUGAGCUUUGGGCUGAGGAGGACGGUUCAAUCAACAUUGACUCUUCGCACCAAGAUCAUACGGAACUACCUCUAAAUCAGGGUCGGGGAAAUGUUGAACAGAUUACAGAUGAUGCAGCGGAAACAGACCAGGUUUCGUCUGCCCCAUUGAUCAGCCGUCUCUAUUCACUUCUUCGAUUUGAACAUCGUACUCUUCCUGAGGAGGCCGCCACGACGCAAGGCGGCCAGGACGACCUAAUUCCCAGUAUCAACACAAAUUCCGACAUGGUCAUGGAUAUUGAUCAACCCGGCGGAGAGCCUGAUUUGAAACCACUGAACUCUGCAACAGCAUUUCCUGAUGCCUCACCAAGCGGCUUCAAAGUGCCAGCAGCGAAGCUGGACCACUCCCAGCUCGAUGAGCGUGUCAAGGCUGAAUUACGACAUGUCGGUCUCCUUGGUCCAGAUGAGAACCCAGACUAUGAUGCUCAUUAUGAUGACGAUGUUGCUGAGCGCCUCCGAUUUCUACAAAGCGAACUCAAGAAGCAGAUGAUCACCAAUGGUGCACGAAAAUCGCGACUCUUAGAUGUUGCUCGUGAACGUCUGGCCUACCAGGAAUACACAACCAUCCACGACGAUCUGGAUUCUCAAGUUCAGCAGGCUUAUCUCAAGCGUACUCGUACUCUAGGCAAAAGCAAGAAAGGCUCCCAGGCCAAACAUCGUCCUGGUGGUGCAGGCGGAGGUAGUCAUCCAGUCAAUACGGCUGGCGUCGGUAGACCCGGGAUCGGUGACGUCGCUCGCACGCUUAUGGACCGGCGUAAGCGAUGGGCAGAUUGUAUCGGUCCUGUUUUCAAAGAUUGCAAGACGACUGUUCCUGGAAAGGAUGAGCCACUCUGGGACCCCGUGACUAUGGCAGAAUUUGAAAAAGUAGAGAUUGAAGGCUGGGACGAAGAACACGAGUAG